ACAUGCCAGAUUCUCACUCGUCGUAAAUCAACUUAUAUUACACAGUUCUCUCUCUCUCUCUCUCUCUCCACACUCAGCGUCUCUCGCCGUCGGCAUUGCAUCAAAUCUCGGCCGCCGUCGCCGGUGGUGACACCGGAGCUACUCGGCGAUAUCCGCCUCCUCUUAUAACUCCUCGAGAACCUGUGAGAACCUCGCUCUUUUUCCUCGCUUUUCGCCUUUUCUGAUUCGGUAUAUAUUCAAGUGAAGUUCGAAGUGAUGGUGAUUAUUGCAGUGGUAGUUCUAUUGGGGAUUUUAGGCGCUCUUCUGUUGCUUCCCCGGAGCCACAAGUCCGGCAAUUUGAAAAAGGUUCAGUCCGAGUCCAGCACUCAGGUAUCCAAAACUUACACCAAAGCUGAUGUUGCUCUGCACAACAAACGAACGGAUUGUUGGGUAAUCAUUAAAGACAAGGUGUAUGAUGUUACCUCUUAUGUGGAGGAACACCCAGGUGGUGAUGCCAUCUUGACUCAUGCAGGGGAUGAUUCAACGGAAGGAUUUUUUGGGCCACAGCAUGCGACCCGAGUUUUUGACAUGAUUGAAGACUUUUAUAUCGGGGAUCUCAAGCAAUGACCACUUGUGGCAUUCAGCUGCGGGAUCAUCUGGUCAGAAUGCACUUCAGACAUUGCAUUAUUUGCUUUUAGAUGUUGCUAUUUGUUUAAUGUUCCUUGAGCAUCUCAUUCUGGUUCUCUCAGGAUACCUCCCCAAGAGACAAAGGCGCUAGUAAACUCUUUCAAAUCUCAACCUAUUUCCUUUCUUUUAUCGAUAAA